UGGCUCUGGGUGAAGAAUGGAGCACAGAAUUUCAUUGGGUAUGCGAUCCAAGCCUCGAGUUAAAUACUAUCAUUGUGAUAUUUGAAGCAAUCUGAGUGAUCCGAGAAUUUACUACUAAUGUAACAUCUCCCUGUCAAUAGACUUCUUGCAUACUGCAAAUGGAUCAACACAGGCCUCCCUCUCCGCUUGAAAGAACGACGACAAGUGGCUCGCGACCUCUACCAGGCCAUGUAUAGAUCCUUUGCAGUGUACGUUCACAUCCUCCGUUCUUGAUGGUUUCGACCUUUGCCCUUUCUUAUGUUGACUUGUCCGCUAGUGGAGAUGUGGCUACCAUCCGCAAGAUCUGCUGCACAGGGCUUGCCAACAGCCUGACCUCUCGGAUCUCGCACCGCCCGAAGGACCAGAAGGUGACUUGGUCCCUGGAAAAAUUCCUCCGCACCCCCGGCACGCUGUUUACCGGAGUCCGUGUUGUCUCGGAUCGUGCUACCCAAAUCCCCGAGUUACCAGACUCCGGUGUCCGCCAGGUGGUCCUGCGUAUCACGAGCCGCCAGUCAACCGGCAAGACCACGGUCACUUCGAAGAACGAGGAGGCCAGCACCAACGAGCCUGCAAAACAACAGGACUGCACAGAGUAUAUCGUCCUCCAGAAAUUCCGAUGGACUGGUGAGGAAGACGACUGGCGCAUCUGGGGCCAUGCGACUCCGACCACCGUUGAGGAUCUCGAUAGUCCCUUUUUCGCUUCCGGGGUCUCGUUGGCCGAUCGUCUCGAAGCCAUGAAGAGUAGUAUGGGCGGUGGAAAACGCUGAGUUACAGGAUGCAAGAAAGCA